AUGGAGGGUGACUUUUACAGUGAUUCAUUCAGUUUAUUAUGUUUUCAAUAUCCUUGCGAAUAUGGUGAAGAAUGUUCUGGUUACCAUCCAGAAAUAGAUAACGAAUGCUUGUAUAAAGAUGCAGAGAUAUUUGAUAAUACUUCAGUAGAUGCUAGAAUAGUUGAUGAAGAAGGAUUCACUAUACGUAAAAGAAGGCGUACAUUAGAUCCAAAGGAUAAUACUAUUAUAAGACAUCGUACAUAUGAAUGUUCUUAUGCCAGUGCACAUGAACCUCAAAAGGCAGUUCUAGAAGAGGACAGAAGGGAUCAAGAAUCACAUAUGACCGGGUGCUCCUGGCACAUUAUCUUUGCUUUUCCUAAAUCAGCUGAUAAAAUUCAGGUUAAUAGCAUAAUCAGUGAACAUAAUCACGAAAUGAACCCUCUCAUUGCUGAAAUAGCACCAAAAUUUAGAAAAUUAACAGAUGAAAUGUUGGAAAAAAUUAAAUUUUGGACAAUUCAUGGGAGAAUGGGUAUAGCGACUCAAUAUAAUCUACUAGUUGCAUCAUUUCCACAAAAAGUAAUAAAUAAAAAAGAUUUAAGUAACAUGAUACAAAGAUUUAAAAAACAAGUAAAGCCAGAUAAAAAUGAUGCAUUCUUAUAUUCUGAUGCUGAUCCAGCAUUAAUAUUGUCCAUAAGAAAUAAUUACCCAGAAACAUGGCAUCUUCACUGCAUAUUUCAUAUUGAUCUAAAUUUAAGAAAAAAGCUUAAAGGAAAGUUGAGAGAUCAGUUUGAAUCAUUUUGUUCUAAAUUUUUAGUGAUGCAUAAUUCACUUUGCCCUAAUAAAUUUGAAGCCCAAUGGAAUACACUUAUAAACGAAUACCCAGAUAGUAAAAACUAUCUUAUAAGAACUUUAUAUCCUUGUAAGAGUAGUUGGGCCAGUUAUGUGAUCAAUAGAAACUUCACCGUCAGGAUUCAAAGUACACAGCGAGCAGAAGUAUGUAAUAAAAUAAUUAAGGACAAGUUGACCAGAACUUCACGUCUAGCUGAUGUUGUUGAAGAAAUUCAAAAAGUUUUCAAUAAUCAAUCAAAAAAAGCAAUUUUAAGUGAAUAUAAAAACGAAAUUCCAACAAGAGGGAUGCCAAGUAUAAGUGAUGAAUACUUUCCCGGACUAGAUACAAUUUUAAAAGAGUAUUUAACAUCACAAAUUCUUCAAAAGCAGCAUGAUCAAAUAGCUCAGUCGCUAUGCUAUGAUGUGUUUUUAAUUAAUGACUGGCAAUCACUACUGGAGAUGACAGACGAUUCUUAUCAACAAAAUAUAGCCAGAGAAGAUGAUUAUGACCAACCACAAUCACUAUUUUCAUCAUUGCUAGAAAAAAUACCUAGUGAUUCUGUUAAAGAAGUGUGGAAAGCAAUUAGAUAUAGUGUACAAAACUCAGAACCACAACCUAUAAUUCUCUUUAAUGACGGCUCACAUUUGUGCACUUGCCUUUUGCUAAUUAACAAAGGAAUACCACAAGGACCUAAACAAAAAUAUGGAUUCGGAAUGGGUUAUGCCAAAAAAGCUCUUGAUCUUGCAAUUCAGGCUGACAGAGUUGAGGAAUUUGUUAGUCACCUGAAAGAUUUUAUUGAAGACGCGAAAAAUGAUUUGUUCAGUACACAAGACAAUGCUAGUUCCUUAAGCAUUAGAGAUCCUUUACACGUACCACAUAAAGGUCGACAGCCAAAUAGAUAUAAAUCUGGUGGUGAACCUUUAAGAAAAGCUUGA